UCUCUUUUCCUCCCUCCCCUCUUUUUCCUUUUAUCCUUUCCUUUCUUUUUCUUUUUUUUCCUGGUCUUAGCUUUCCUGAAGACCUGACAUUGAAGACAUUAAUCUUGUCCAACAAGUUUACACUCUUACUGCUCUCCUGACUCUUUUUUCAGUCUAGUAACCUUUCUCUCUUCUUUAGGGGACACAAGGUGGCCAGUGAUGGGAGGAGCAAACCACAGCUCCUUUAAAGGUUUCAUCCUGAUGGGUAUCUCUGACUAUCCCCAGCUGGAGAUGAUCUUAUUUGUCGCCAUCCUGUUCUCCUACAUGUUAACCUUGGUGGGCAACUUGACUAUUAUCUUAGUAUCGCGCCUGGAUGCCCGGCUUCAUACACCCAUGUAUUUUUUCCUCAGUAACCUCUCUUCUCUUGACCUUGCCUUUACCACAAGCUCAGUCCCUCAAAUGCUGUUGAAUUUGUGGGGCCCUGACAAAACCAUCAGCUAUGAUGGCUGUAUAACCCAACUAUACGUCUUCCUCUGGCUGGGGGCCACCGAGUGCAUCCUGUUGGUUGUGAUGGCCUUUGAUCGCUAUGUAGCUGUCUGCAGACCUCUGCACUACAUGAUCAUCAUGAACCCUCGGCUUUGCUGGCAGCUAGCUGCUAUUGCCUGGCUAGGUGGCCUGGGAAACUCCCUAAUUCAGUCAACAUUCACUCUGCAGCUCCCACUGUGUGGACGCCGGGAAGUUGAUAAUUUCCUCUGUGAAGUGCCAGCUCUAAUCAAGUUGGCCUGUGGGGACACGAGCCUCAACGAGGCUGUACUCAAUGGUGUAUGUGCCUUCUUCACUGCAGUGCCCCUGAGCAUCAUCCUUGUUUCCUAUGGCUACAUUGCCCAGGCUGUCCUGAAGAUUCAUUCAGCUGAAGGCCGGCGUAAGGCUUUCAAUACUUGUGGCUCCCAUUUGAUAGUAGUAUUCCUCUUCUAUGGUUCAGCCAUUUAUGCUUAUCUACUGCCAGCCAAGAGUAGUUCUCAGGACCGGGGCAAAUUCAUCUCUCUGUUUUAUUCAGUAGUUACACCCAUGGUUAAUCCCCUAAUCUACACUCUGAGGAACAAGGAGGUGAAGAGGGCACUAAGGAAAUUGUUGAGGAAAGGGAGAGAGGAACAGUGA